CUGAAAACAAUCCCUAAAUUACUAGAAACAAAAAAUGGAAAUUACUCGCCGAGCGGGAUGCAUCGGUUUCAACUGGAUUAGGGCACAUAAGACUCUCGCCGUUGAGGUGCAGUAGGGUUUGAUUUCAGGAGAUGACUUCUCCUCAGGGAUCCAAGCUGCCGCCAAAUACUCCGUCAUCAAAGGAUUCUCCUACAUCGAACUUUUUUAACAACUUGUCUCCAAUAAACGUGAUUAGCAGCAGGUUAAGCAGCCAAGCUUUUGAUAGCGUUGAUAUUCCAUCCCCUCAACCGGUCUUCGCAACACCACAAAAUCGCUUGAUAGAUUCAAAACUGUGGAGAAGGUCUCAAACGCUGUUCUUUCCUUGUUGUGAGAAGCCCUUCACGGGUGAUGCAGAUCUUGCUGCCACAUCUUCGGAGUAUCCUUGCAUGACCAGGCAAUUUAUUCCAAUUGCAGCUGUUCAAUCAAGUAAUGGUAGUGAGAAGAAGCUUAAUAGUGGUCACCAUCCUCAGGAUGAAGUUUGCAGGAGUCAUUCGAACAGUGUGGAUGAAUUUUUGUCCAUUCCCAGUGAAGAUUGUGAAAAUAACUCUUGCUCGCCUGGUUUUUUCUUGGGAGAAACUGAUGAUUUGGUUCGUGAUAAAGAUGCCAUUCCUUUUAGCAGCAAUGGGGAUCAGAUGGCAUACCCCAAUGAGGAUUCUGCACAAGUUACGGAGAUGGCCUUUGGCAUCAACGGUGAUCAGAUGGCAUACCCCAAUGAGGAUUCAGAACAAGUUCCAGUGAUAAACUCUUCUGCCACUGUAACCAAUUUUGUGGCCGAAUACACCAAGCAAUCAGAACUUGUUAAUGCUGAACUGAGUUCCAACUUAAAUGUUGGUGAUCAAAAUUCAUCAUGUCAACUUGAGAAGGAUUCUGCCAAGCAGAAGCCAAGUAUUCAAAUUGUGCCUGCUGCUUUUGAAGAGAAUGAAAAGAAGGGAGGACUACUUGGCAGGAAGGUUAAAGCUAAGUCAAAUUCCUAUGUAAAUUCAAUUUCUAGUAGAGAUGAUGAUCCUAUCACUUUUGAUAGGAAACUAUCUAAUCAUUCCCAUGUUCCAAACACUAUGAAUUUUAGUAGUAUGUGUCAUGUGGACGAAUGCCCAAGCACUUCCAGUACUUAUGUGCUUGGAAUGCAGGAUGUUGUAAGUACAGAAUAUUUGGGUAAACUGGGCGGUGUUUAUGAGGCAAAAUGUGAAAUUCCAAGAAAUUCUCAGUUCCACACUAAUCAUCCUGGUAUAUCGAGUCAGAUUAGUGAUGCAUCUGGCAAGAACCAGAGAAACUAUGAUCAGGAGGAUAUGACCCAGCAUAGUCGCGGCAUGUAUAAACGUCUUCAGUUUGAGGAUUUUGAAAAGAAGGAACAGAGUAUUGCAUACGCUGGAAACUGUACGAACUUAAAAAGUCCUCGUUUCAUGCCAGUGACAACAAUGAUAUCUUCUAAUAUGGGAAGUUCACAUGGUUCUACUACAAAUACAAUUGCAAUGUCUAGCACAGUUCAGUCGAUUCAGUCCCUACCAGGAAAUAUUUCCUGCAAUUAUUUGGUUAAGACUGAUGGUUCUGAGCAAAGCAAGGGAAGAUUCACUGCAGUGGUUCCUAGAUCGUCUGGUAUUGGCUUGCACUUAAAUACCAUUGGCAUGACUGGGGAGAUGAAUGGCCACAUAGAUAUGAAGAUGCCAAUGGAGGGUUUAGGUGACAAUGGGAAAACAUUUUUGGACAUUGGUUGUGAAGUACUGUCACAGGAAUCGAAGGAUAUGAUGGUCUUAAGAAAUGGAGCUAGAGAAGUUUCAGUCCAAUUACAAUCUGAUUCUGAUGAUUCCUCAUUUAAUUCAAUGGAGGAAUGCAAUAAAGAGAAGCGUAAUAAACCACUAGAUUUUGCUCCAGAUUACCAUUCACCACUUGAUGUAGAACCUUUGGAUAUGUGCAUGCAACCGGAAUUUAGUGUUCACCACAUAACUCCGUGCAGUAGAAAAGGAUUGCCAGGUGUAGAAACCAGCAAAUCAGAGGAUUCAGCACAAACUAGCCUUGGAAAGAAGAGGAAGAAGAAUCCAGAGAUUGAGGGACAAAAACGAUGCAGUUGCAAGAGGUCCAAAUGCCUGAAACUCUAUUGUGAUUGCUUUGCUGCUGGAAUGUUUUGCAAUAAAAGUUGUGCUUGCCAAGGAUGUUCUAAUAAUUCAGAAAAUGAAGAAAUGGUCAGUUCAACAAGGCAACUGAUAGAAGCUCGCAAUCCACUUGCAUUUGCUCCUAAAGUUGUGCAUGCUAAUGGUGAUCUAAAAGAGAGUGCAGAUAAUAAGCAUAUCACACCUCCUUCCGCAAGGCAUAAAAGAGGGUGCAAUUGCAAGAAGUCCAAGUGCUUGAAGAAAUACUGUGAAUGCUAUCAGGCUGGUGUUGGGUGUUCCUUGGGAUGCCGUUGUGAAGGAUGCAAGAAUGUUUAUGGGAUGAAAGAAGGUAUGCUUGAAACUAGCUUGGUAUUGCCUUGAUAUUUUGUUGGCAUUGCUAAUUGUA